CACCUUGGAGGUGGGGGCACCCAUAUCCCCUGGGCCCCGAAAUCCAGCUUUCCUGCUACCAAGAUGUCGUUGCCACAGACCGUGAUCUCUGGGCCGGAGCUGCACAGCCCCGAGGAGCCUGCGAAGAAGCUGCAGACCCCACCAGUGCGGGGUACCUGGCGGGCAAGCGGUGAGGGAGCUCCCGGCACCCGCCAUGAGGACACUUGGCCGGGCCUGGGCACAUUCCGGCGGGCCUUCUCCCGGUCAAGCCAGCGGGCCUCAGGCCAGGCCCCCGAGGAGAACCUGGGCCUGUUCCAGCGCAGCUCGCGCUUCCUGUCCCGGUCCCUACGGCGAGCCCGGGAGGACGGCUCCACGGCUGACCAGUCCCAGGCCACGGCUGUGCCAGGGGUGACCCACGACCCACAGGUGCCCUCUAGGGUCAUGGAUGGUGGCCGCCGGCAGUCCUCCACUGGGGUGGGACGUGAGGAACUGGAACCUGAGGCAGCACAAGGCAAAUCCGUGGCCGACCUCAUCACCGAGCGCCAGCUGUUGGCGGCCUUCGAGCAGCUGCGGCAGCUGGAGGCGCGGCUUGUGGCCGAGAAAGCCUCGCACAGCUUCCAGGAGGACCCCACGGGCUUCGCGCGGCGCGCCAUGGACGUGUGUCUGCACUACGACGGGCUGGCGGCCGAGAUCGGCGCCAUCGUGCGCGAGACGCUGGGCCCGGGCGGCGUGGACGCGGCCGCGAUCGGCGAGCUGGCCCGCACGGUGUGCGCGGAGGAGGCGGCGCACCCGGAGCCCCCCGCCGACGGCGACUUCCUGCUCACCCCGCGCCGCUGGCGCCAGCACUGGGAGGACGCGGUGAGGCAGAGCGCGCAGGAGCGCGUGCGGCAGGCGGGCGCCGGGGCGGCUCCUGGGGCGGCCGAGGCCGAGGGAGCGUCGGGCCUGGCCCAGCUGCUGGCCGAGCUGGGCGGCGUGGUUCGCAGCGACCUGCAGGAGGUGCGGCGGGAGGUGCUGCCGGCUUACUCGGCCGCCGGCUUCCCGGCCGGGGAGGCCUACCUGCGCGCCUUCCACGGUGCGGUGGCCCAGCGCCUCCAGGAGCUCGCGCAGGACGCCCGGGGCUGCGAGCAGCUCUAUGUCCUGCUGGACUGGGCGGUCAAUGUCUAUGGCAGUCCUGACUUUCUGGGUGCCCCAGACCUGACCCUGUCCACGGAGCCACUACCCCCACUUCUGGCUCCUGCCUUGUGGGCCCGCCUGGAGAGUGACUACACCAGCUUCCUAGAGACCAAGGUCAUGAGCUGCUUUGAUAGCAUCCUGCAGCUAGAGCAGAGUCGGUGGGCAGACAUGGAGGCCCCCGAUGUGCUACAGGGUCUCUACCACACGCCGCUGUCCAUCGAUGUCCACAUGCUUGUGGCAGAGCACGUGAAGGCGGCCGGUGCCAUCUCUGCAGAACUGGAGGCCACCACCCAAAGCAUCUGUGCACGUGCACUUGGCCUCUUCCUGCCCAGGUUUGCAAAGGCUUUUCUAGAGUCGAAGGCGGUGAGCGAACCUCAUCUGGGCGCCAAUAUCAACGCCUGCGAGGAGCUCCGGACCAGUCUUCUGGCUAGGUUCCCAGGAACCUUUGAAGAGCUGGAGAAACCUCUAGUGGCUGCCACCCGUACCUUCCAGAAACGGCUGCUCCAGGGCCUGCAGGGUGAUGUGCAACCGCUUUUCAGGGACCUGUGCACCAAGGCGUGGCUGACACAAGACGUGCUGCAACCCCUCAUGGACAAGGUGGUGGCCUUCGCCGGCCAUCUGGAGCACAUGGCCCCACUGCGGGCGCAGGAGACCCUGCAGGAGCUGCACCGGUACGUGGUCCGAGAGUACCUGGCGCAGGUGUUGAGGCCGCGCGAGCGGUUCCGGGGUGAGGAGCGCAUGAGGAGCGCCCAGAAGAUGGGCGUCGACGCCCAGGCCAUCGGCGACACCUUCCAGGGUUUGGGCUCUGAGGCCACGUGGCUGGACCAGGCUAUCCCAUGUGUGGCUGACAUACUGGGUGAGACUUACAAAGACGACAUCCUGAGGCACCUGGAGACACUCAUCGGGAGCUACCCUGACAUCAGGUCUGUUACCCACCUGCUCCCUCAUGGGCCUCCAAGGACAGAAGGCCACCAGGCCCCAGGGCAGGGGGAUUGGUGCCUUCAGAGGGUCCCUGUGUCUCUAGGUGGGCAGGGGAGGAACCCCAGGGAGGCACAGCUUUUUCUGGUGGGCAGGGUGGCCGCCAGGCAGGCCAGGUGGGCGCUUCCUCGGGCCACUAGGUGCCAGUGCCUGGGGACCAUGGUCCCUGACCUUCAGGCAGGGUGAGGGGGAUGAGGGGGUUGACGGGGGAGGAGCGGGGGUUAGCCCUCCUUCAGAAGCUAUUCUGGGCCACUCUCCUUCAGUGCCCUUGGAUGGGGAGACCCCUACAGCCUGGGGGAGUGGGUUGUGGUCAUGGCCCCUCCUUGGGCAUCAGACCCCAGAGACAAGUACCCAUCCCUGAGUUUGAAGGGGAAGCAUGGCCCCUCUGCAAGAAAGCCCUGUUGGGAGCCUGGAGACUCCUGACACCCCGACAGGAGGAAGGAGACUUUGAUCCCUGGGGGUGUGUUGGGGAGAAUGGUGAGUCAUCGAUCCUGUGGAAAUUCCAACCCCAACCUCUCCAUAACCUUGGAGAGUCCAGGAUGGGGAGGCAACAGAGAGCCCAGGGCAAAGCCCUUUUCCCCAGCCUGGACUCUGUCUUUGGCUGGAAAUGACUACCCCCUCAGAGCGCAAGGGGGGUUCCCCCUGGUCCCUGGGGUUCCUCUACACUCGACCAGCUCCUCCCCUGCCCCCACCUUCUGGAGGGGGGAGGAGGGGGGACUCCGGAUGCUGCUGAGCCAGGGCUGCCCGCCCACUGCACGCUGCCUCUCUCCCUGCUGCCUGUGUGUGUGGCUCCCUGCACAGUGCUCCCAGGAAGAGGCCCGGGACACCUCCUGGCCAGGACCCCCUCUCCUGGAGGCCAUCCCACUCUCUCGAUCACUUCUCCACUGUUUCUUGACCUCCAGCUUGGACUGUUGUCCCUGUUGGGCACAAUCCCUCCUCUCCCCACCCAGCUCAGCACCCUUGGAGCCCUAGCCACCCUGUGCGGGGCACUGCCCCCUCCCUCAGCCUCGAUCAUUCUUGACCUUUCUCAGGCUGGGCCCCAGGAAUGCUGGGUGGCCCUGCACUUGAGCCCAGGGCUUCCCCUCCCUCAAAGUCGGGAUUGCCCCUAGAGAUGGGCUGGCAGGGACAGAGCCGUGUCUUUGCAGGCGGGACCACGUGCUGGCCAUCCUAGCACUGCGCAGACUGGGCCGCCGGCGGAACC